AUGCAGACCAUCAAGUGUGUCGUCGUCGGUGAUGGUGCUGUUGGCAAGACCUGCCUGCUCAUCUCCUACACCACCAACAAGUUCCCCCAGGAAUACGUCCCGACCGUCUUCGACAACUACGCCGUUACUGUCAUGAUCGGGGAGGAUCCGUACACUCUCGGUCUUUUCGAUACCGCCGGUCAGGAGGACUACGAUCGCCUGCGCCCGCUCUCCUACCCCCAGACCGACGUCUUCCUGGUCUGCUUCUCCGUGGUCAACCCCGCCUCCUUCGAGAACGUUCGCGAGAAGUGGUUCCCCGAGGUCAGCCACCACUGCCCUCAGGUGCCGUGCAUCAUCGUCGGCACCCAGAUGGAUCUCCGUGACGCGCCGGAGGCCAUCGAGCGCCUCGCCAAGAGCAAGCAGAAGCCCAUCACCCCGGACAUGGGUGAUCGCCUGGCCAAGGAGCUCAACGCCGUCAAGUAUGUCGAGUGCUCUGCCCUCAAGCAGAAGGGCCUGAAGGAUGUCUUCGAUGAGGCCAUCCUUGCCGCCCUGAACCCUCCCCAGGGCAAGCGCACCAAGCGUUGCCUCAUGUUCUAAAUCCGACGACAGAGAGGGAGAGAGAGCAAGCGCGUGUGUGCCCGUGGCAACGGCGGGGAUGAGGCGCCCUCCCCCACUCGCUCUCUCCUCCGAUUGACACCGGACACGCGCGCCCGCGCCCUGCCCCUCUGAACUUCCCGACAUGCCUGUGUGUGGAUGUGUGCUUCUCCCCUUUCCUCGCCCCCCCCCCCUUCCCCCUCACGCGCGCACUUCCUCUGUCCAAUGUGCAUGUGUUGCUUGUACUCGCGUGCUGCCUGCUCCCUCGGUUUCUUGGCCGCUGCGGGGGGCGUGCCUCCGAGAGUCGUCCGCACGCGCAUGAGAGGACGAGGGAGAGAAUGACCAGGGGGGAGGGGCUUGCAUGUUAAUGGUGCAUCAGUGGUGGCCGCUCGUGCGCGCUCACAUGCGCACACAUGCGCGCGCCCCUCCCCCCUCCCCCAUCACAUUAGUUCUCUCUCCCUGUGCAGCUACUCCACGUUUCAUACUGGCACGGAAGCGUCUCUGGUAAGUAGACAUGAGACCCUGGCUUUAUUUCCACAAAAAUAUCCCUUCCCCCGACACCCACAUGCCCACAUAGCGCCCCCCUCCCCCCCCCCCCCUCUGUGUGUGUGCUUGUGUGUAUGUGUGCGUGCGCCGCCCCUCCCCAGCCUGCUCCUCUUUCCUCUCGCCCGUAUUGGGGGGGAAGAAUGGGCGCAGGCGUGCGGUUCCCUUCCCCCUCCCCCCUCUCCCCCCUUCACCCCCUUCCUCCCGGGAUAGUGAGAGGCUUGUUUCUGCUCUCCCUCCCAGUUUCUUCUCCCCUCUCAGAUUCCCCUCUCUUCCCCGUCCCCCCCCCCUUCCUCUUCCCUUCCCCCUCCUCCCCCCUCGAACACAAUAUCAACACCUAAUCACAUCCCAUACUCUGAUCCACACACGCACACACACGCGCGCGCGCGCACACGCACACGUGUACACAUAUCCAUGUGUUCCCUCGGCCUCUCCCCUCUUUCCCCCCUCCUUUCCCUCCUUCCCUCACACACAUCGACACACUUGUUGCUCCCCCUCCCCCUUCCUCCUUUUCAGUGUUACAAUAAUACAUUCUUUUCUACAAAGA